AUGCUUGGGUGCCACAGAAAUCAAGGGUUGGGGGACCCGAGCUUGGAUCUCAGAGAACGGACGACUAGAGGGGGCGGCGGGACGCGAGCAGAAGCCAGGGUCCGCCGGGGCGGAAUGUGGGUGGGACAGAUGGCCGGAUCCCCGGGGGAGAGACGUUCAGGGGCACUGGAUAAGGUUGGGCCGCCUCCCUGGUUUCCGAGACGUGGGGAGAGGGAGUGGGGUCGGGAGGAAACUUUGGUCUGGGAAGAAAGGGGGGGAGGGGCUCUUCCGCCACCCUGGACCUCAAAUAACCCUCACCCUCGGGCGCUCCUCCCUCCACCCACCCCCACCGCCACAGUGAGCCGGGGCGAGCGCAGCCACAUCCCAUCUCAGACUGUGAAGAAACUGCUGGAGGCUCAGAGGCGGCGGAGGCAAUCUGGCACCAACUACCAGCCUCAGGGACAGGUCCCUGCGACUUCUGCAAAUGAGACAGAACCAGGUGAGCCAGAAAACGAAGAAUCGAACCCAUUUUCUAGUCCCCCCCACCCCCAGCAUCCCGGCUCCCAGCCCCGCGGCCCCGAGUCGCUCUCUGUGCCUGACCCCUCGUACCCUGCAGGUCUUGGCUCAUUCCCAGGGGCCCCGGAAGUUCAGGUGGCUGGCCUUGGGGCCCCGUCUGCGCCCCCAGCCCAGGCUCCAGGGUGGGACCUGGAAGCCCACGUCUUGUACCCCGACUGCCACUACCAUUGCGCAGCCUCUACCGAAGCCUUCUUCACCCCUGGCCUCUUCACAGCCACGGAGCCUGGAGGGCUGCCUUCCUUCCCUUCCCUCCUGGAGGUGAGGCCCCCAGAGCACGGGGAUGGAGGGAGAAGGAGGGGGGAGGAAUCUCUGGAUACAGCUCGGGCUGAGGUUCAUGCCCUGGGGCUGCAACGGCUACUGGCUCAGGAUGAGGAGGGGGACACGCUCCUUCACCUGUUUGCUGCCCAAGGCCUACGCUGGUCAGCUUACGCCGCGGCGGAGGUCCUGCAGGGCUGUGGACAGCUAGACAUUCGGGAACACCAAGGAAAGACACCACUCCUGGUAGCCGCCUCAGCCAACCAGCCACUGAUUGUCCAGGACCUGUUAACCCUGGGAGCUGACCCCAAUGCUACUGACCACCGUGGCCGUACCAUCCUCCACCUGGCUGCCACUUAUGGCCUGCCUGGGGUCCUCACGGCUGUGUUUAACUCAGGCAUUCAGGUGGACAUGGAGACCAGGGAUUUUGAGGGCCUCACCCCUCUGCAUGCUGCUGUUCUCUCCCUCAAUGAGGCCACCCAACAGCCAGCUUGCAGCUCCAGGACAAUGACCGUCCCAGCACGGGACAGACUGGCCUGUGUCCAGAUGCUGUUACAGAUGGGGGCUGACCAUACCAGCCAGGAAUUUAAGAGCAAUAAGACUGUUCUGCACCUGGCUGUCCAGGGUGGCAAUCUCUCCCUCGUCCAGAUGUUGCUGGACCUGCCAAAUGGGGAUCCAAGGGCCUUUGUGAACAUGAAGGCCCACGGGAACACAGCCUUGCACAUGGCAGCCGCCCUGCCCCCAGGAUUUCCACAGGAGCCCAUCAUUCGUGGUCUCCUGGCAGCUGGGGCAGAUCCUGCCCUGCGAAAUCUGGAGAAUGAGCAGCCAGCACACCUGCUGGGACCUGGACCAGCCUCGGAGGCACUUCGGCAGCUGUUGAAGAGAAGCCGGACCCUCCCUCUGGCCUCAUCCUCGUAGGACUCAAGGGCCACUACCUGGACUGAUUCUUCAGUCCACAUCUGUUCAACCUUCCUGUCCCUGAGGGACAACCAAACGUAUGCUGAUGUAUGCAAAUCUAUGAUAAUUUAUUUGGAUCCCUAUCCAACACCCCCCCCCCCACCCUGGGGAGUCUUACAUUAAAACUCCUGUGAUGUCCAUUGACCCUGGGGGGAGGUGUCAUGGACAGGGAAGCUGGGGGGAGGGGGAGCUUGUGAUGAUUUCUGUGAAAUCGAAAGCCCCCCUGAACUUGUUUCUGUGAAACAGAUUUAGCCCCAGACAUUCCAUCCAACCCUCCAACCCUUCGAUUAAAUUUGAUUUGGACCCCAUA